CUGAUCACUGGCGCUCCCACAACCAAAUAUCAAAAGCUCAAAGCAAAGACACAUCGUCUUAUUCUCAUAUCUCAGUCGCCUCGGACCCCCGAAAAGAAGUCAAUUCUUUCAAACAUGACGCUCAAGGGAAUCUCGCCCGUCAUCUCUCCCGAUCUCCUCAAGAUCUUGGCUCAGAUGGGCGAGGGCGACGAGAUUGUUCUCGGCGACGCUCACUUCCCGGCGCACUCGCUCUGCCCACCCCAUGUGCCGAUCCUCCGUGCCGAUGGUAUCACCAUCUCCCGCCUCCUGGCCGGCAUCACCCCGCUCCUCGACCUGGACAACUCGGGCGUGCCGGUGGUCAUGAUGGAACCUGCCAAGAACGACUCCUAUGACGCUAGCGUCGAGGACGACUUCCGCUUCUCCCUCAAGUAUGACGGUGAGGUCGCGAAGACGGACCGGGCCGCCUUCUUUGGGCGCGCCAAGAAGGCCUACGCCAUCGUGGUCACGGGGGAGAACCGGAAGUACAGCAGCGUCAUCCUCAAGAAGGGCGCCAGCUCCCCGUACCCGAAGAGGAAGAGCAACCAGACGUCUCACCUCUGAGGCGUGGCGAAUGUGUAACUUGUAUGUGGGGGUUGGGUCCGGUAACGUAGUGAGAUAUUGGAGAGGGGGCCCAAAGGCAAGAAGAGGCCCACGGGGGUUUCUUGGGCUUGUGA